AGUGAUGGCGGCUUCGUGUGGGUUGUUUUGAGGCAAUUUGUAGAAUCUAUCUUUUUGAGAUUUUAAACCGUAUUACGAAGGAAGGAUUACACCGGACGUCAUGGACUGUUAUCACAAUACAUCCGAUUUCGUCGGGUAAAACUUGAAACAACUUAUUGAUAAACUUUUGUCGUGCAUUUUAACCUGUCAGUAUCUACAGGUGACCGUAAACUUCUAAGAAAGUGUGUGGACUUGCGUUAGCCCGAUAGGCUAGCUCGAUGCUUAUAGAAUGGUCCGAUUUUCUUGUUUACAAGGACCUUGCAUAGCUAUUAAAUUUGUGAUAAGCUGAAUUCGAUGGCAAAGUUGUCAGUUAGUGUGGGGCAAGAAGUGUGUAGCUGCACCUCAGAACCCGAAACCUUAGGACAAAUACCUCCAUUCUUGAUCAUGGCCUAAAAGUAAAAGUUCCGAAGUUAACUAGUGAGUGAACAUAGUAUCUCAAAGGAAACACUAAGUCAUUUGAAUUGUACUUUUCAUAAUGUCGUAUACGUUCGAGCAGUAGUUGUGUGUUUUGCCAGAGACUUUCGCAGUGUUGACUUUGUAUUGUACAAAGACUCCUCUCCAAAUUGGCUACGUGGAUGGCAGGGGCCACCGGUGAGCAACUAACUAGCUUUGCUGAUGUGCCCUGCUUGUCUUAUGAGGUAGGCAGGGGAGGCUUCGUGGCGUCGUUGAAAGCGCCCUCUUCGUGUUUUAAGCAGUACGCAAACAGUCCUCCUACUUUUAAUUGCAAUUUGCACUAACAUCGAAGCACCUUAUGGUGCGGCGACAGACACCGAAACAUGGAUCUUUCCAAGGGUGGUUUCCCAAACGGUGAAGGAGGAGGACGCAGGCAGAGCGGAGAUCAUGCCUGGACAGACUCCCCCACGUCCAGGUGCUGGCCACAUUCUAUUCCCUCGUGCCCUCGGUCUCUGUGGACGGCCGUCUACGACUAUGAGCCGAGCGGUGAAGACGAGCUAAGUCUCCGGCGAGGAGACGUGGUGGAGGUCCUGUCCAAAGACGCCGCGAUAUCUGGCGACGAAGGCUGGUGGACAGGCAAAAUCAACCACCGCGUGGGCAUAUUUCCUGCGAACUAUGUUACUUUUCAGCCAGCUAUUUACAGACUUCCAGCCGGUGGUUCUGUGGGUGCGAGGGAACACGUCCCGAGCGUCCCAGUGCAGAUCCCAUUUAGCGAACUCGUUCUAGAAGAAAUUAUUGGAGUCGGUGGUUUCGGUAAAGUUUACCGAGGGACAUGGAAAGACCAAGAGGUUGCAGUGAAAGCUGCCCGUCAGGACCCCGACGAGGACAUUACCGCGACAGCAAACAGUGUUAAACAGGAGGCAAAGCUGUUUUCCAUGUUACAGCAUCCUAAUAUUAUGAAAUUUGAGGGGGUAUGUUUGGAAGAGCCCAACUUGUGUCUUGUCAUGGAAUAUGCUCGUGGAGGGACAUUGAACCGGGCCUUAGCGGGCAGGAGGAUACCUCCACACAUCCUUGUGAACUGGGCUGUUCAAAUUGCCAAAGGCAUGCACUAUCUUCACGAAGAAGCGGUGGUUCCCAUCAUCCACCGAGACUUGAAAUCUAGCAACAUAUUAUUACUUGAAAAAAUCGAGAAUGAUUACAUCGGCCGGAAGACUCUGAAGAUCACGGAUUUCGGCUUGGCGCGGGAGUGGCACAAGACCACCAAGAUGAGCGCGGCGGGCACCUACUCCUGGAUGGCCCCCGAGGUCAUCAAGUCCUCGCUCUUCUCAAAGGGCAGCGACGUCUGGAGCUAUGGCGUCCUGCUGUGGGAGCUGCUGACGGGGGAGGUGCCCUACCGGGGGAUCGACGGGCUGGCCGUUGCCUAUGGAGUGGCCGUCAACAAGCUCACCCUGCCUAUCCCAUCCACCUGCCCGGAGCCCUUCGCCAAGCUCAUGGAAGAGUGUUGGGAGCAGGACCCCCACAUCCGUCCGUCGUUCUCGGCCGUGCUGGAGCAGCUGACGGCUAUCGAGGAGGCGGUGAUGGCCACCAUGCCUCAGGACUCCUUCCACUCCAUGCAGGAGGACUGGAGGGUGGAGAUUCAGGAGAUGUUCGACGAGCUACGCACCAAGGAGAAGGAGCUGCGUUCUCGCGAGGAGGAGCUGACGCGGGCGGCGCUGCAGCAGAAGUCUCAGGAGGAGCUGCUGAAGCGGCGGGAGCAGCAGCUGGCCGAGCGCGAGAUCAACGUGCUGGAGCGCGAGCUCAACAUCCUCAUCUUCCAGCUCAACAAGGACAAGCCCAACGUCAAGAAGAGGAAGGGCAAGUUCAAGCGCAGCCGGCUCAAGCUCAAGGACGGCAACCGCAUCAGCUUGCCCUCAGACUUCCAGCACAAGAUCACGGUGCAGGCGUCUCCUUCCAUGGACAAGAGGCGGAGCUUAAACAGCACCAGCUCCAGCCCUCCCAGCAGCCCCACCCUCAUCCCUCGCCUGCGAGCCAUCCAGCUGAGUGCACACACUGAGACAGUGCCCAGGAACAGUAUGUAUGUAUACCAGCAGGACGUGGAUCUCACCAGCGAAUGCGCUCCCUCUAGUGGCUUUAGGAAGAAAGUGACCCUGGACGAGAGCAACAGGACGUGGGGCCGCAGCACCAUCUACAAGCCGGAGGAGUUUGAGGACGCCCGCAAGGGCUUCAAGAAGAAGGGCCGUACCUGGGGACCCAGCUCUGUCCAGACCAAGGAGAGGGCAAACUGUGCUGAGAGAGUGCGCCCCCUGUCAGAUGGGAGUAACCCGUGGUCCACCAGUCUCCUGAAGACCCAUAAGCCAGCUGUACCACUCGCAGCUCUGUUUGCUGAACAGGGUUCCGGCAAAGAGGAGGGUGUCGGGAACAUGGACGGCUUGGAUUGCAAACCAAAGCAGCUGAAGUUCCCCAAUCAGGUGUACAUCGAUCUACCUCUGUGGAAGGAUGAGCAGGGCGAGGCGGGUGGUGGUGGUGGUGGGGGAGGGGGAGGGGGUGCCUGGUGCUCGGGCAGCAGUGCCGCCGCCUCAUCCUCCUGCACCAACGCGGCGUCCUCAUCCUCGUCGGGGGCGCUGGAGAGCCACGAGGACGCGGCCACCUCGGCCAGCUCGACGGCCAGCACCACCCCGCAGCACACGCCCACCAACAGCCUGAAGCGCAGCUCGGGCCGCCGGCGCCUGGACGCCAUCCUGCACAGCUGCGCCGCCCUGCUGGCCUCCGUGGCGCUUGGCUCCGACGUACGCGACUCCGCCAGAGCGCCCUCCUCGUCGUCGUCAUCGUCGUCUGCUGGUGGUGGUGGCGGUGUCGGGGGUGGCGGUGAUGAGCCGGAGGUCCGAGAGGAGAAGAAGAAGCGCGAGGGCUUGUUCCAGCGCGCCACGCGUUUCCGGCGCAGCACCAGCCCUCCAGGCAGCGGCGGCGGCGGCAGCAAGGCGUCUCGUAAAGAAGAGCUGAUGUCGUCGUCGUCUUUCUCCUCCUCCUCCUCGUCCUCUUCCUCCGCUGGGCCCAUCAACCUCCUCUCCAUGUCGGCCAUCUCAGAGUGCAACUCAACCAAGUGCCUGCUGCCGACCGACCCCAAGGGCUCCUGCGAGGCUGCCAGUCCCGCUAAGCACACGCCUCCUCCGCCCCCACCGCCCGUAUCCACAUCCACAUCCUCAUCCACAUCCACUCAGCUGCGCAAAAAAGGAGCCUCGGCUGCCGCUCACACAGCCAACGGCACGUCCAACCACACCAGCCCGUCUGUUGCCUCUCCAGUAGCCAGCAGUACCUCGUCUUCUUCAUCCCAAAGGAGAGCGGACACAACAGAGGCAGCUCUAGACCGACCAGCACCAGCACCAGCACCACCACAGUCAUCCUCCUCCUCCUCCACAUCAUCCUCCUCCUCCUCGGCGACGACGGCAGCUUCCACGGUGAUCCCGCGUCCGCGUCCCCUGUCGCUGCGUGGCCGGCCGCACGCCUGGGGCCUCCUGAAGGGCCGCAACAAGAGCUACUCGCUGGGCCACAGCUCGGGAGGCAGGAGCGCGCAGGGCGUGGCCCAGGGCCUGGGGCUGACCGCGGCGGACAUGAAGGGGGGCCAGGGGGCGGGGCCCGGGGGCGGCGGGCGCUCGCUGCUGGACAUGGACACGGAGGGCCAGAAGCGCGACUGCACCAUCCCCCUGUGCCGCAUCCAGAGCGGGUCCAGCCGCACCUCCGUCUUCCAGAUAGAGAAGGAGUUCCUCUCCUAAUGGGACCAAAUUUCAGACAUUUGGAGGGAAUAUUGUUUUUUUUUUCCACUCCUCUAUGAAGAAAUUACGUAGGAGAGAACACUGGGGUUUUUUUAUUCUCUCCUAAGAAGAAAUUAGGAGAGACAUUGGGGGGUUUUUUUUCUAUGAUUUUGGGGUAACUUACAAAGAUAGAGCUCCUGUACCUGACAGUCCUGACUGUGUGCCCGAUGUUGGGAUAGGACUGGCCUAAUGGUCCAAGACAGACAGACAGACUGAUGGAGCACAUCUAGGUGUCUCCCACUGUCAUCCAUUCCACUGUUUUGCUGCACUCUCCCCUCUCUCCCAUCCAGAGCGCGAACAAAGUGCAGACUGCUGCCUUUUUUUGCGUCCUCGUAAACGAGUUUUCUAUUUUCGAAUUAUUUUCUACACUGGCAUCUUAUUGGGCAAAAAACGUUAAGCACAAACUUUGUUUUUUAACACUGGAAUCGUAAGAAAACAAUUGUUCACAAUGUACCUUGUUUUGUUUUUUUUAGAUUAAGUUCAGUGGUGCAGGUUUUGAAAGAUGUCGAUGUAGAAAGUGGGUGAAAAUGUGACUUUUGUGGAGUUGAGGGCCUGACUCACCCACUGUACCAGCAUACCACCACCUGGUGGCCACACCAGCAUACUGCCAAUUGGUGGCCUUGUCAGAAUCACUGGAUUUCCUGAUGUGUGUUUGUUUGGAUUUGGGGUUCUUAUAAACCGGCCAUCCUCAUGCUGGCUGCGAACUGACCUUAACCUAGGCCCCCUGCUACUGGUGUCUCAUUGUCGGAUUUGUACCUCUUUUUGUUGUUCUCUUUUAUUUAUAUCUGUAUUUUAUUGCUAGGUAAUUUAAUAUGACGAAAGACAUUUUUAAAAGAAAUGUUUAAUCCAUGAAGUGAUCAUUCCAGAGUUUUAGGUUGUGAAAAAUGGCAUCCUGCCUCCUUCCAUUCUGAGUGCAUUCCAAUAUGCGACCUUGCGUCCUCCACUUGGGCUUGUGGCCUCACGUUUUGCUGAUGCCCCACCUCCGUGGAGAAAACAAUUAAGUUUCCCCGCUGUCAGCCUAGCCAACACAAAUUUGGGGGGACUAUUCUUCAUUUAACAUUCUGUUUGAAAAUGAGAAAAUGACUUUACAAUUGAGCUUUUGCAAGUUAUUGAAAUACAAUACGGUUGUCAGUGAUGUCAUCCCGACGUAUUACUUCCUGGUACGAGGCCACAAGUACAAGUGGAGGACGCAAGGUUGCGUAUUGGAAUGCACAUCUUUGUGCAGUGUGAAUGCCAGACCCCUCAGAACUAAGACCAGGGCAUUACCACAUGUAUAUGCUCCAUGUAAUCGAACAAACCUCAUUUGUUUUUGUUUUUUUGCCUUUUUUUUUUAUUUUUUACAUCAAGCUUUUUAUUUGGUACUUCUUACCGUUGUGAUGUUUGUUUCCAUCCCUACAGUGUUUAUGAUGUGUACGUGUAGUGUUGUACUGUGUAUAUAUACAGCCAAGGUGCCCUGGGGUGUUGUACUGAAGUGAGCUGUGAUCAGCUGAAGACUUCUUUUUUUUUUUUAGUUUAGCGGAGACGGCACUGUUAAAAGUUUUAUCCACAUAAGUGCUUAAAGGUACACUGUGCAGGAAAUGGUCAAAAAAGGUACUGCAACUAUGCUGCUCAUUGAAACUGGGUUGCCUAUUGCCAAAUUUGAUCUUUUCGUGAAAGUUUAUUAAGUAAUAAACUUGUUUUUUCUAGUAUGGCCCAAAUACAGUCAUUUUGCAGCUAAAAAUGCCCAUUUCCGGAAAUUCAAAAUGGCAGACCAUGGAGAAGAUCCCCCCUUUCAUGUAUGAAAAGCGCAAUUUUCCAGUCAUAAUGAAUGCUUAGAAUUUAAUGGUGGGGGUGAGUUUUCAUGAAAAAGGUAACUCUAGUGAAUGGGUAGCAUGAAUUCUGGAAAUAAACAUCUAAAAAUCUUACACAGUGUACCUUUUAAGAUGAGACAUCUGAUCGUUCCCUCAAGAGUUCAUUUUUUUUUUUUUGAAACAGACUACUGUACUGCAGUAGAGAUGUAAAAUCACUGCACAUGUUUGAUUGAUUGCUUGUUUAAUGAUAUUGUGACAUUGUGUGAUCAUGCGAAAUCAGUGUAACCCAUCAGAUUAAGUUCAUAUUACACUGGUCUGUUACUCGUAUUUGCCUUAUGACAAAAUAUGGACUUCAUUCCUGCAGCAUUAAAGAAGAGCAAUGUUAAGGCACCAUCAGUUUGGGAAAACGGUAGCACACAAGAACCCCAUCUCCUUAUGAGGGCAGUUAUCCUCACAAGGCCUUUUACACACACACACACACACACACACACACACACACACACACACACACACACACACACACACACACACACACACAGCGGUAACUCUGCAAAGUCUCUCUCUGCAAGUUGUCGUUUCAAGGUGCCUCUGAUUUGUUUGGUUUACAUUUUGGUUGGGUUUGGUGUUCAGUACUUUGCUCCAUAACCAACCUGCAUCUCCAUUGUCAUGAAGAGUCGUGAGGAAAUGCACACCACACUGGAGGGCUUCUGUCUUGGCCUGCUGUGAGAAAGUUCUCAUGCUUUGUAUUAUCAUUUUCCGUUCUUCACGAAUGAAUUUGUAUUUGAACAAAUGUCUGCCUUUUAAACCAACAUCCUUAGAUUUUAUUUUAUUUUUUUGGUUUGGCAACUGUGUGAAGAGCCUGCCAAUAGGUACAUCUUUUGCACAGUAAACAAAGGCUGUAUGUACAGUAUGUAUACAGUUUAUGAACAUUGAAAUAGAUUUUUUUUAAAGGUUGUCCUGACAAACUGCACAGUUAAGUGCUACAUUCUGGAACAUACAGAACAUACCAUUUCCUGAGAAUGCUGCUCUAACUUCUUCUGGUCAGGAAUGAUUCCUGCAUCUUUCCAUUUUUCCUGUCCUGAGAUGGUCUUUUAUAUAUUUUUUUGUCCAGUGUCUGUCACAGAAAUUGCUCUCCUGCUUAAACUGUCUUUCUUGAAGUCUGUUAGAAUACAGAGAGCUGUUGAAUGUAUCAGUUGGGUUUGGAGUUUGGUUUAGUCCUCAAAGUCCAUAUUUUUCACGAGGUUUCUGGUUUUAUAUGGCAUAGAAAAGCAAUAAUGAGAUUUACUUGAAAAAAAAAACUGCUUGUCUUUUUUAAUGCAUGAAUUCAGCUGCCCCAAAUUUUACAUUACAAGAGAUAAGUUGAUUACAAUUAGUUGCUUUUAAACGCAGUUCAAAGAAACGGCAUUUUGACAGGACUGUAAAUGUGCAGGUUGAAAGCUUCUGUAAGAUGAUUCAUUGGGAUACCCUCAAAUAAAGAAGACUGACCAGGAUA